GGCACAGUAACGACCCUGAUAGGCGGACUCGCGAGGGCGACAGUCCGCGUCGAAGGACACUGCGAGCCCGGCCUGAGCGCCUUUGCGCGCGACGUGCUCCGGACGCGCGGCAAACGCGAGGUCCGGGCUUUAGGCGAUCUCGCCGAUUGGGCGCAGUACGCCUGGGCCGAGUGCAGCGGCGAGGUGCACCAACUGCCGGCCGAGAUGCCGGACCACGACGACCUCGACAUCCCCGGCGUGGAACUGUUGGAGAGGGUCUGGCCCUCACUUGUAGCUGCACAGAGCAGCCCACACACCGCCAAAAAGCUGGGAACUAGGGAGAGCAUUUUGGGUGUUUUCAACGCCAACCUCCAUCGGCUCUGA